UUACUAUGUACAUACUUUAUUUUAUUAUUAAUUGGCCAUUAUUAAAUUUGUUAAUUUUUUUCGAAUUAAUAUUAAAUCAAUUUAUAUUUUUCCCGGAUUACAUUUCAUUACUCCUACAACUUUUUAUCUCGUAUUAUUACAUAAUUUAGCGAAACAAGAACAAAUUAUUUUUUUAUUUAGUAAUACUUCUGGAUCAUUCAAUUAUUUAUUCGGGGUUAUUCGUACCGAUCGUACCGAUUCUUACUUGAAAUGUAGCUAAGUAGUUCUCGAUUUGGCCAAUUUCCGAACCCGGGGGCGCUGAGAUCUUAGAUUCUCGGACCUCUCCUUCUAUCUUAUGGAAAAGUGGAGGUAUUAGCAGUCCAGAGGUAUAUAGUCAAAGGUGCUAACAACAUAGUAGCUAACUGAUGGCAUACAAGCGAGUGCUCGCAUCGCCGUUAUGCCCGAAUUACACUAGCAAUUGGCGAUUGCGUCUGCGUUUGCGUUUGCGCUUGCGAUUAUUUCUGGACCAAUCAGAAAGAAACGACUGACGAUUGCGAUUCGCGAUUACUAUUUAGCCGUCCAUUUUUCAUAAUCGCAAACGCAAACGCAACCAAUCACAGAACGUGCUAGUUGUCACGUGACCAAGUGUUUAUGUUCGGAAGGCUUGGAAGAAAAAUCAACACUUAAAAUAUUUGCAAAUAUUUGUUAUCAUGCCACCGAAGAAAGCUGCUGAUAUAUUUUCGAAAGACAUUGAAUUUACGUUAAUUGACUUAAUUGAGUGUAGACCUAUUCUUUGGGAUUCUACUUCUGAACUCUACAAAAGAGCAGAUUUGAAAGAUGCAACUUGGGAAGAAUUAGUUUGUUCCUUAGGACUUAAUUUCUCAGUUUCUAUUGUAGCAAGUAGAUUUAAAAGUAUGAGAGAUACUUUCAUGUCAAAUUUGAGGAGAGUAAAAGAAUCCAAGCGCAGUGGAAAGGGCACAGCCGAUAUGUACAUUCCAAAAUGGUAUUUGUACGAUCGUUUAAAGUUUUUACAGAAGACACUAGUUCAAAGUGCUUCCAUCUCUAAUAUCACUACUUCCUCGAAAAAAUUUGAUGAUUGCAUGUCACAAACAAAACAGAUUUCAAGUGAAUUAUUGACACAAUGUCUACCAGAACAAGAAGUUAUUGAGGAACCUCCAGUCUUAAAUAUUUAUUACAAUGAUUCUAUGAAAAAAUUUAUGAUUCAAUCAACGGAAGAGUCGACUGAUAAUUUUACAGAUUUAUCGGGAUCCUCUGUAAAUGUUAGCACACCUGUGUCUACUCCUAUCGAAACAACUUUGCAAAAUCUAACUUCUAUCUCAACAACAUCAACUUCUACGAAAGCUUCUAUCUCAACAACAUCAACAAAUUCAGUAUUUACAUCAUGUUCCAAAGUGCAAGAUAACGGGAAUCAAAUGUACACAAAACGAGGAUCAGCUAAAAGAAAGAAUAAUGAUCAUUUAUUAAUGGAAGAAGCAGUUGGUGCUAUUAAAAAUUUGUGUCAACAAGAUCCACUUCAUUCACUUGAAUCUAACUCAUCUACUGACUCUGCACAUACAUUGGCGAUGUUUAUUGCAACAAGACUGCGUGAAAUGAUGCCUGAUCAACGUAGACAAUGUGAAAAUGAAUUACUAAAAUUGUUGUCUCAGUUUUAAUACGUAUAAUAAUAUUUUUAUUAUAACAUAAUUUUUAUAUUUGUAUAACUUUAUAUACAUAUUACUCAUACUGAACUUUUCAUUUUCCAAAGACAAAAUCCAAAGAAAAUUAGAAUCCAAAUAUUACAUUUUAUUUUUGUUUGCAAUAACAUUAAACAUUUAAUGCUUAAUUAUUUACUAGAUUUAAUAUAAUU